CUGUUUCGCAUCCCUCAAAACUUAAUACGUCAAGCCCAACUCGCGCCUUUCGAGUCCACAUGUGUGGGAAAGAGCAGAAACAAACCACGCCGUACACGCAUAGACUGGCCAAGAGAGUCCAAUAUACUCACGGUGGAACAGAAACAGGUGGGAAAGGGUGGCCACAACCACACACCGUGAACGCUUUUGGCAGGGAACCGAAAUGCCCAACAAUCUCCACCAGAGAGCAACUGGAACACUCGAUAGAAUCCGACCUCCGUGAAACGUGUACGACAAUCCAAUUGUAUGGUAAUUGAUCCUGCUUAGGUGUACAUAAUUCAACCUCCUUUCAGGUGACAUGCGAGAAAAUGUGGUUGACUAUCAUCUUUAAGAACGACGGAAUUACAGCCUCAUAUGUAUAAUAGUUUAUUUCUCG